AUGAAAGAAACGAAAGAAUCGGUAUGGGAACUUCCCGAAGAAAUACUUGAGAGAGUAAAAGAUUUCAGAGAGCAAUAUGAAAUAGAAACACAAAGAGAAAAUAUAAAAAGCAAUUAGUAAAAUAAAGAAGAAGAAGAAGAAUAAGAAUAAGAAAAAAAAGAAAAAGAAAAAGAAAAAGAAGAGCCAGAAUAAAAAACAGAAAAAUUUGCAUAUAAGGAAGGCGAUCAAGAAUAUAAUAUAUGGUAUGGAAGGCAUUUAUCAGAUACAAAAAGUCUAGUUAGAGAUCAUAAAUAACCUGCAGUAACACGCUGUGAUAGUGAACUUGAUACAGGAUAUACAAAAGCAGAUAUAAGUGAUAAAUAUUCGGCUUACUUUUGCCAUCAUUGGGCCAAAGGAUGUUGUUCUGAAGGGGUCAAAUGCAGGUAUUUUCAUAGGGUUCCUAGUUUUUCUGAAUGUCUUACAAUAGAUAAUAGUAGAGAUGUUUUUGGAAGGGCAAGACAUUCUUAACAUAGAGAAGAUAGAGGAGGUGUAGGUUCAUUUUUGUAAGAUACUCGGAGUUUAGAAGUGAAUGAUUUUAAGUGUCCUCCAGAAGGUGUAAGUGGUAUAAUGUAUGGCGGAGUUUGCAAAAGAGUCAAUGCAGCAUCAGGCAUUGGAUUCGGGAGAAGUAAUAAAUAUUAAAUGGUUUCUUGA